AACUUGUCUGGUCCGUCGUGCGAGGAGUGCAACAUCCGCUUCGCAUCUGAGACUGCGUACCAGCAGCAUAUGGCGGUGUCGCCCAAGCACGCUAUUAGUGGGUGAGUUUACAGAACUUGUCUGGUCCGUCGUGCGAGGAGUGCAACGUCCGCUUCGCAUCUGAGACUGCGUACCAGCAGCAUAUGGCGGUGUCGCCCAAGCACGCUAUUAGUGGGUGAGUUUACAGAACUUGUCUGGUCCGUCGUGCGAGGAGUGCAACAUCCGCUUCGCAUCUGAGACUGCGUACCAGCAGCAUAUGGCGGUGUCGCCCAAGCACGCUAUUAGUGGGUGAGUUUACAGAACUUGUCUGGUCCGUCGUGCGAGGAGUGCAACGUCCGCUUCGCAUCUGAGACUGCGUACCAGCAGCAUAUGGCGGUGUCGCCCAAGCACGCUAUUAGUGGGUGAGUUUACAGAACUGGUCUGGUCCGUCGUGCGAGGAGUGCAACGUCCGCUUCGCAUCUGAGACUGCGUACCAGCAGCAUAUGGCGGUGUCGCCCAAGCACGCUAUUAGUGGGUGAGUUUACAGAACUUGUCUGGUCCGUCGUGCGAGGAGUGCAACAUCCGCUUCGCAUCUGAGACUGCGUACCAGCAGCAUAUGGCGGUGUCGCCCAAGCACGCUAUUAGUGGGUGAGUUUACAGAACUUGUCUGGUCCGUCGUGCGAGGAGUGCAACGUCCGCUUCGCAUCUGAGACUGCGUACCAGCAGCAUAUGGCGGUGUCGCCCAAGCGCGCUAUUAGUGGGUGAGUUUACAGAACUUGUCUGGUCCGUCGUGCGAGGAGUGCAACGUCCGCUUCGCAUCUGAGACUGCGUACCAGCAGCAUAUGGCGGUGUCGCCCAAGCACGCUAUUAGUGGGUGAGUUUACAGAACUUGUCUGGUCCGUCGUGCGAGGAGUGCAACGUCCGCUUCGCAUCUGAGACUGCGUACCAGCAGCAUAUGGCGGUGUCGCCCAAGCACGCUAUUAGUGGCAAGCUCGAGCGUAACCAGGCUCUUCCUUUCCGGAACUCACACUACAAGUCGGUCCUGUGCGAGCUGUGUGGCAAGAAAUUCCCUUUGCCGGCGAAUCUCCGAGAUCACAUGCAAGUACACACUGGUGAGAAGAAGUACAAGUGUGAGAUAUGUCCCAAGCGGUACACGACUAAAUUUGUCGCCAAAGCCCAUAUGUUGAACAGUCACAGCGACAACCCAACUCGGCUCCCGUGCGGUGUGUGCCACAAGGAUUUCAGGAACCUCUCCAACCUAUACCGACACAUGCGGUCACAUCAAGACACACGCCCACUCUACAAGUGCGACAUAUGCGACAAAACGUUCACGACCCUCGUCGGCCGGAACCAGCAUGUCGCCCACGUGCACCACAAAGUGCCGCGGUCCAAGCGCAACCGCCGCGACAGGAGACCCAACACAAGAAGACUUAAGACAAAUAUGUAACCCAAGUGACUUUACUCACAGUUUGCUAAGAAUGUCAGCAAAACAUGACCCGUUUUUAGGGUUCCGUACCUCAAAAGGAUAAGCGGAACCCUGUCCGUCCGUCCGUCCGUCCGUCGUGUCUGUCAAGAAACCUAUAGGGUACUUCCCGUUGACCUAGAAUCAU